AUGGAUAGUUUUGUAAUUGACGCACAAAGUGGAAAUUUUAAGCAAUUAAAAAACUUGUUAAAAUAUGAAGAAGCCCUUGAAAGACAAUUUGUUGCUUUAGAUAAUAUUUUAAAUGCACUCGAUUCUAGAAAUCAUUCAUUAGGUUACCUUUUAGUUUUAAAAGCAAAAAUAUCAGAUAAUGGUAAAAAUAAAUUAACUUUUGUUGAUCAAUGUAGCCAUUUCUUUUCAACUUUUUCAACUGACCAAAUUAAAUUAGCACCAGAACAAUUCACUACACUUAGUAAAUAUUAUGCUGAAGUUUUACACGAUGUUAAACAACCUAUUAAAGGUAUUAUACCACUCAAGAAUGCCAUGAGAGCACUUUCAGAUAAUAAACCAUAUCAAGUUCUUACACCAAUUCACACCGAUCUUUUACAAGUUUGUAUUCUUUCAAAAUGUUAUCAUGUUGCACUUCCAAUUAUUGAAGCAAAUAUCACCUCAAUUAAUCCAAAAGAGUCAGCAAUUGGUAUUAAAGAUAUUCUUUGUUUCUUUUAUUAUUCUGGUAUCAUCUUUACUGCCCUAAAGAAAUAUAAAAAAGCUCUUGAAGCUUAUAAAUUUGUUCUUACAGCUCCAGCUUCCGCUUUAAGUGCCAUUGUUGUAGAAGCUUAUAAGAAAUUUGUUGUUGUAUGUUUAAUUCAAUAUGGUAGUAUUCAACAUUUCCCAAGAAACACACCAACUGUAGUUCAAAGAAAUAUUAAAUCACAUUGUAAAGUAUAUAUGGACUAUGGUUUCACUUUCCCAAAUUCAUCAAUUUCUGAAGUUCAACAAAAAGCUGCCUCAAGUGCCGAACUUUUCCAAAAAGAUAAUAAUUGGGGUCUUAUUAAAACCUCAAUCAAAUCAAUUUAUCGUAGAAAUAUUAAAAAACUCACUCAAACUUUUAUGACUCUUUCAAUUAAUGAUAUUGCUGAAAAGGUUAACCUUCCAAAAGCUAAAGCCGAACAAUUUGUUUUAAAGAUGAUUGAAGAAGGUGAAAUUUUUGCAACAAUUAACCAAAAGGAUGGUAUGGUAUCUUUCCACGAAAGUUUGGAAGAUUUCAGCGGUUCAGUUGUUUUGGAAGAUUUAAAUCGUAACAUUAGAAAUGUAUUUGAUUUAGAAAAGAAAAUUAGAACAAUGGAUGAAUCAAUUUCUUUAAGCAACCAAUACCUUAAAAAAGUUUAUAACGAAAGAAAAAAUUCUCCACAAUUUGACGAGUAA